AUGGCAUCAACAACAGGAAGCUGCAACUGCGGCUCCAUCACAGUCUCAUUGAGCGCACCUCCUUCAAAGACGGUGGCUUGUCACUGCCUCAAUUGUCGCCGUGCUGGUGGACCAUAUUCCAUCAACUAUGUCAUGGAUGAGAGCGAGGUAAAGGUGGAUGAUGUGCGGGACACGCUGAACGAGUAUGAAGAUUACAAGACUGCCUCGGGCAACUUGGGAAGAGCGUUUAUCCAGAGGAAUUUCUGCAAAGCUUGUGGAAGCCCGAUAUACACGAUCGACAUUACGAUGCCCGGAAAGCUGCUCAUCAAAGCGUCACUAUUUGAUGACAUUGUCGAAGAUAGAAUGGAUGUGUUUUUGGACCGCAAGAUCCAGUGGUCUGGUUGA